UUGUGUCAUAUCGAUUACCCACCAAAUGGGCCCCGAGAUCUACAAGGAACUGUGACAGUAAACACUGAACAGAAAAAAAAAAUCUUGUUUCCUCCGUUAAUCUUAUUUUAUUGCCGAAACUUUUUCGGAAAAGAAAAGUUGUAGAAAACAAAAGUUGCGCAAACUAUGCUGCUGGCCAUAACAUUGUUAGCAUGUCUUAUUGGAGCAUCACAAGGCAUCUGCCCACCUGAAGAUUGGAUUGAACCUUACUGUACUUGUCAGUCUCACUUUGGCGACGCCGUGAUGACAUGCAGCAAUUUGUACUGUCCAGACGAGCUGUUGAAACCCUUGCAGAUGGUCUCAGUGAAGAAGUACCAUAUAUUCUCUCUUCAGAUUGAAAACUCGAGUUUGUUGUACAUUCCUCAUAAUGCCUUCAAAGGAGGAAACUUUGAGAGGAUUCGCUUUUUUCGAUCUGAAAUAAUGUCUCUCUCUGACAUUGACAUCGCAUUUGAAGGUCUCGAGGAAACGCUUGAUGAACUGAGGGCUACCGAAGCCAAUUUUGUGACACAAUGGGACUGGCAGCAGCUACGACGUAUGAACAAACUACGCCUCAUAGAUAUCAACAUGAUUAACUUGGGAUCAAUAGAUCAGGUCUUCCCACCUUUGAAAAGCCUGAACGCUUUGGGCAUUACCAAAGCUGGUAUUUCUUACAUUGUAGACCACGCCUUUGAAAAUCUUUCUGCCCUUCGAAUUCUCAGUUUGGUGGAUAACAAUAUUGAGGACAUCACGAGAAACAUGUUGCCAAAUCCUGCUCCUGAACUUGCAUUUCUGGACUUCAGCAAUAACGAGAUAAAGACAAUACCGAAAAACUUUUUCACUAACAUGCCAAAACUUGUUCAUGUUUCUCUCACAAACAACAAGCUUAUUGUUUUGCCUGAAGAUACCUAUUCAUGGGCUAUUCAGCACUUGGAGGCUCUACUAGUUGGAGGUAACAAGUUUGUUUGCGACUGCCGAAUGCGUUGGCUAAUUGGUCGCCGACGUCCAUAUGAAUUUACAGCCACAUGUGCAUCACCCAGAUCAUUGGCAGGACAAAAAGUAGGCAGUAUAGAAUUCAAAGAAUUCCGAUGCUGAUAAAGAAGAUAGAACAUAGAUAUAAGAAUAAAAGCUUCUGAACACUGUA